AAAGAGGGCCGACGAAACAUGAGUCAAUGUCAUGAAUAUAUCCGUAGAAAAUUGGAUAUGUUUCUCCCAUUUAUGGCUUAAAUUCCCUGAAAAUUGCUCAUCGAAUAUUCCUGGUUGCGUGAUGAGAAUAAAACUUUUUCAUCAAGUUAACAGUAAGUUGCGUAGCAGAAUAUAAUAAACCUUUUAUACCUAGCGUUUGCAAUUCAGGUCACCCUGCACAAAAAUAACCUCCCAAACUUCCUGUUUUAAGCCUUGUAACUACACAGUUGCCAUGUCAAAGCCUGAUUAUCAGGCCACAAACUUGCCCCUUUGGGACUUCCUCACCAUCUUGGCAUCUGAAGGGGUUGACUUCCUGUUAUCCGGUGAAGAAGAUAAGGUAACCUUGUCUUCAUUUGAUUAUGAGAAAACGACGAUCUGCCUCUUCUUCUCUGCAAACUGGUGCAGGCCCUGCCAAAGUUUUACCCCAAAGCUGGUGCAACUAUACAACAUGUUAAGAACAAUGGGGAAAGAGCUAGAGAUUGUGUUUAUUUCCUUGGACCACGAUGAAGAUGGAUUCAAUGCUCACUUCGAGACCAUGCCUUGGCUUACCGUUCCUUUUGAUGUGAAUUUGCAUAAGAAAUUACGUGAAAGGUUUCAUGUUGUUCGUAUUCCCUUUCUCGUUCCUUUAAACUUAGAUGGACAAUCAGUUGAAGAAGACUUGAUUGGAUUGAUUGAAGAUUUUGGCGAAGAUGCAUUUCCUUUCACCAAGAAGAGAAGAGAAGAAUUGAAGGCUAUCGAUGAUUCAAAGCGUCAAGGAGGAAAAAUCGAUCAACUUUUAGCUCGUCCAGGACGGGAUUAUGUUGUUGCUAGCGAUGGUGGAAAGGUUUUAGUAUCGAAACUUAUUGGGAAGACAGUCGGCCUUUAUUUCGGCGCACACUGGUGUCCUCCAUGCCGUGCUUUCACUGCUCAGCUUGUAGAAGCUUACAACCAGCUAUUGAGCAGCAGGGGAGACUGUUUUGAGGUUGUUUUGGUUUCUUCAGACAGAGACCAGAAAGAAUUUGAUGUCAACAUAAGCGGUAUGCCAUGGCUGGCACUUCCAUUUGAAGACCGAACUCGACAAGAUCUGUGCCGAAUCUUCAACAUCAAAGCCAUUCCUGCACUAGUUCUUAUUGGACCGGAUGGGAAACCAAUUAGCACAAACGGGAAGAACAUAAUCACCCUGUAUGGUGCAAAGGCUUUCCCAUUCACUCAAUCAAGCAUUGAAGAAAUUGAAGAAAGCUUGAGAAAAGAAGGGGAUUCAUUGCCUACGCAAAUCCAGGACAUAAAGCAUCAACAUGUGCUUAAACUGGACAUGGCUAAAUCAUAUGUCUGCAAUUAUUGCGAAAGACAAGGGAAGUUCUGGGCAUUUUCUUGUGAUGCCUGUGAUUAUGAUCUUCAUCCUACUUGUGUGGAAGAAGCAAGUUAAAAGUCUCAAUGAUGGGUAGUUCUAUUUGUUUCCAAGGCAAAUAAAUGCUCCACCAUACUCAAAUUUGAAA